AUGCGUUUGUCAAGUCACUUCCUCCUCUCUGUUAUCCGGUUUGACCUACAGCGGCCACAGGAGAAAAAGAUGGCGGUGGCCUCUGCUUCUGUGGCUGUCCAGCAGAUACGCUGCUUUACCACUUCAGUGGCCAGACCAUUUGCCAAACUCGUCAGGCCUCCAAUUCAAUUGUAUGGGCUAGAAGGUCGAUAUGCCACUGCUCUUUAUUCUGCUGCAUCCAAGCAGAAUAAGCUGGAUGCUGUUGAAAAGGAGUUAAUCAGAGUAACAAAAAUUUUGAAGGAACCCAAAACAGUUGCCUCUUUUAUGAAUCCUCAUAUCAAGCGUACCAUUAAGAUGGCAGCCCUAAAUGACUUAAUAGCAAAAGAAAAGUUUUCCCCCAUCACAACCAACUUCAUGAAAUUGCUUGCUGAAAAUGGUCGUUUAAACAACACCCCAGGAAUUAUUUCAGCAUUUUCUACUAUAAUGAGUGUACAUCGUGGAGAAGUACCAUGUUCAGUUACUACUGCAUCUGCUUUAGAUAGCUCAACUCUUUCAGAACUAGAAGCAGUUCUGAACAGCUUCCUACGUAAGGGUCAAGUCCUGAAAAUGGAAACCAAGAUUGAUCCUUCAAUCAUGGGAGGAAUGAUUGUUCGUAUAGGGGAGAAAUAUGUGGAUAUGUCUGCAAGAACUAAGAUCCAGAAGCUAAGCAGGAUUAUGAAGGAAGCUGUUUAAAAGUAAUGUUUUUCCACAGUUCAUUGGUGAAACUUCUAAAAUUUGUAGAAGCAAUAAAGUACUUAAAAAUUUU